AUGACUUCCGAGUCGCCUCAGACUCCUACGACCCACCACCCUACCCCAGGCAAUGAUGGCUUGAGUCCCCUGGAAUCAGACGAGGGCAAGCUGCGAGUCUGCGACCACUGUAGAAUGUUCGUUCCAAGAAGACGAAAUGUGAGAGACCAUGUCGCUUCGCUUCGCGACUUCGACGUCUUUGACUGCCGCCCAACAGCCUCGAUUAACAUUGUGGACUCGGAACAGGUGAUCUGGACCUUCCAAAGGAUGUACAAAGAGACCCAAGCACUCGACCAACGCUGGGUCGGUCUCUUCGUCAGAGAGCGGUCCGCGAAGGCGAAUCGCCCCCUCGACAAUCUACCCCAACGGCUCGCGUUCUACGGCGAUCUAACAGAGUCCACAAGACUGAACCUAUACUUCAUACACAUACAGCCAAACUACCCGUUAUUCGAGUCUUGCCCAGACAGACGACCCGGAGAGAGGCUCGACAUGUCACCACGUCUCAAAAUGGCCUUGUUCGCCGUUUCAUCACGAUUCGUAGCCCCAGGCUUCUUGACGUGGUCACCGGGAGACUUUGCGCAACGAGCCAAGAGUCUCUUCAACGACUCUGACCUCAGCGUCGACGAAUUGAAAGCGUCCUUCCUCCUUUGCUUCCACGCCAUGUCGGACUCCUUGACGUGGGCGACGGUCACCGAGGCGACCAAAAUCACGAGGAUGGCUGAUCUCUAUUACAAGCUCCACCUCGGAGGAAAGCGUAACGAGUCUGACACGGCCUUUUACCUCGGCAGCGACGGCGCAGCUUGUAGGGAUGGGGUGACGGCGAGACAAGGGGGCGACGCAGGCGAUUUGGGAAGUAAGAUGAAGGAGUGGAAUAGGGUAUGGUGGUGUAUCUACCGUCUUGACGCCUGCUGCUGUGCCACCACGACGUCACCAAACCCGAUCUCGACUCGUCUGGAAGAGGAAAUCAGGUUUCCUUUUUUACCAAACACCGAGUCCCUAUACCAGCCAGCCCUUGACUCGGAACGACAUCAGGACGUGUUCCAACCCGACUCUCUGAGCAGAUCGAAGCACCCGAAGCACUGGCAGACCAUGAGAGCCAUCUUUUCUCAGCCGUCGUGCCGGAACCAGAAUCUCUACCUCGGCGUGUGCUCCUUUGUGAGAUCUGUCACAGACCUUCGGUGCCUCGUGAAGUCCAGCCGCGGCCGAGGUCUGGAGGACCGCCUGCGGGAGCUCGAGAGCGAUAGCGCGGCCACGGCCUUUGCGCUGCCCUUGUGGUAUUUCCAGCCUGUCAGAAACUUGGUCAUCGCCGAGACGGAAGAAGAUCACGCGUCUCGGUUGAAGAAUCUGCUUGUCUGGUCCUGUACCAACUUACUACUCGCCAUCUGUGCGGCAGAUAUGAGCAGCUCUCGAUCGAGCGGAGCUGCUGCUUCCGAUCUACCAGCCCACUGGCGCUCGAUCUUGGACAAGGCAAACGACGCCACCGACAUCAUUCGCAAGUGGAAGCCCGCCUACGUCGACGUCGUCGACCCCAUGUGCUCGUACAUUGUCCUUUUGGUCGGCUCAAUCUUGUCUUUUGAAAGGGAGCUCUCGUCUGAGAAGGCUCUGUACUCCUCGCAGCUUGACCUGCUGGAGUUAUUCUUGGAGCAGAUAGGAACUCGCUGGCCUAUAGCAAAUCGUCUCGCCAAAUCACUUCAAUCGAUACAGGUGAAACUGAUUUCGGAAAAGCCUACAAUUGAGACGGCGCUCACUUAUGUGAGCCAGCUGACGAACCCUUUCAAUGGCCAACCGGUGCACCCGGCCUUGAAAGGUGAAGCCUCGGGAGCUAGCACUUUGGAAUCUAUGGCGGCAAGGGAUGUAAGGACCGGAGACUAUGCAAUGACUAGCGUAUAUGAUGAAGGAUACAGGCGAUAUUCUGACCUGGACCAUGUUGAUUUCACAAGUCUAGAGGGAGUUUUGGGGGGUAUGGACCCGAUGGAUAUGCUGCUACAAGUAGGUUGUGGAACAGAGGUACCGAGGUAG